AUGGGGAAAAUGGAGAGAACUACCUCCACCAUCACCGUCAUUAUCAUCGUCACAAUCUUCACCAUCACCAGCCCUAUCACCACAAGCAUCGCCAUCAUCAUCACCAUCACUGCCAUCUCACGACCACCACACACACAAUAUGCUGUUUUAACCUUGAGAGCCAGACGGAAGGAAAAGCACCGCCACCUACACCACGGUGCCGCGCGUGGCCUUACGCCGGCACCUCCAGGGGACCCGGGUCCUCCGGGCCCUGUGGGGCCACCGGGGGAGAAGGGUGAACCGGGCAAGAUCGGCCCUCCCGGGCUGCCGGGCGCGGGGGGCAGCGGUGCCAUCAGCACCGCCACCUACACCACGGUGCCGCGCGUGGCCUUCUACGCCGGCCUCAAGAACCCUCACGAGGGUUAUGAGGUGCUCAAGUUCGACGACGUGGUCACCAACCUAGGCAACAACUACGACGCGACCAGCGGCAAGUUUACGUGCAACAUUCCCGGCACCUACUUUUUCACCUACCACGUUCUCAUGCGCGGCGGCGACGGCACCAGUAUGUGGGCGGACCUCUGCAAGAACGGCCAGGUGCGGGCCAGCGCCAUUGCCCAGGACGCAGACCAGAACUACGACUACGCAAGCAACAGCGUGAUCCUGCACCUGGACGCGGGCGACGAGGUCUUCAUCAAGCUCGACGGAGGCAAAGCGCAUGGCGGCAACAGCAACAAAUACAGCACGUUCUCCGGCUUCAUUAUUUACUCUGAUUGAGCUUACGGCGUCCCACUGCAUCCCCUAUCUCCCCACCCCAGGGGCUCCCUGUCUGGCGGGCAGAGGGUGACCCGUCCCCGCUCCACUUCUUCGCUGCCGGGUCUGGCUGCCAUCCCUUCGCGGCUAAGACGCCCUGGUCCGCCUUCAACACCGCUCCGGACGCAGCUUGACCCUCCUGCCUGCUCGCCGCAGAGCCGGACCCAUCGCUCCCUGUCCUGGGCCCCGGGAGGCAGGCAGUGUUGACUGUCCCGCCCUGUAUAUUUGUACAAUAGGACUGUUUACUGCCCCAGGCUGGGGACAGGUGCCGGCCAGGUCGCUUCCGAGCUCGGUUGCGCUGCCCUUCUGCUCUGGGGCGGCUUCGCCUGGGGGAGGGGUGGGAUGGGGCUGGAUAGUCUCCCAGCACUCCCUAAAGCCCGGCAGGCCACGCCCCGUAUGACCAAAGCUAUAAUAAAAACACUUCCACCCGCUGGGUUUCAUUCUGUGCCCUGAGGAGGAGUUGCAGGAGGGGACCAUGACUCUGCCUUCCUCCAAACCGGGAAGGGGUCUGCUGGAAGCUGCCCAUGGGUCUGGGGGGAAACCAGGUGCCAGAGUCAGAGCUGCUUCCAGGAGGAGGUGGGGGCUAAGGGGCUGGUGCCCACCACAACCCAAGUGGGCCUGGGUAGCUGGAAUGGGAAGCAGCCCAGUUACAUCAUCAUCUUCCAAGGUGGAUAAAUUCGAUUUUUUUCACCCUUGAAAGUGGCACCAGCAUUCCAAAGGACACAGCAAGGUUUAAACUGAGACACCCAGGUUCUCAUCCAGUGCCACGAAUGUGAUCCUGGGCAAGUCACUCGUCUCUGACUCACUUCUAGGUUACUGACGGCCAUGAAAGGAACAAGCUUUGCACUAAGAGCUGAUUGACCUUGGC